UUACAGUUUUUCAGGAAUCACAAAAGUUAUACCCACCCUUGUCCCCCUACCACCAACCUCGAGAUUACACGGAUCUUCUCGUGCAGACAGACGGUUGUGUCCAAAACAAAACUCUUGUUGUGGAAACGGCGCAGGAUAUCUGUAGCUGAGGUGAAAGCUGUCAUUACUUCCCUCACAAAUCUCUGAAGCAUGACAAUCAGACAGUGAACAGUCCGAGUGCUUGUCUAGGAGACAGGACACCCGUGUAAUAGUUGCCUUGUCAACUUGUUCAGUUCUCACAGGGACAUAUUGGUGUCUGACGUUAUGUGUAUAAUUUUUGUCUAGCAGGACUAGGACAAGAGAUAGAAGAUAGUAGAAAGGUAAUUUGGCAGUGUUGCCAUAGUUACUGCUAUCGUACCUGUCAGAGAAAGGGUUUGGCAGGAGUCCGUGCAACCGCAACCAUGAGCGUAAAAGAAACUUUUCUUACAGCCUCCCUGAUGACAAAGUUGGCUCUGAUUAUAAUAAGUGUCAGCAACUUUCUCAACUGGAUCGCCUUCACCACCACGUCUUGGUACGUUACUCCGACGAAGUGGUGGGGAAUAUGGCGACAAUGUGACUUCGGCUCAUGUUACCUUCUCGAUGGAGUUAUUUCAGACUGGCACGGGACUUUCCAGGCCUUUGCUAUUCUUGGCUUCAUGGGAAUAAACAUCGCCAUGGUCCUUAUCAUCCUCUUCCUUUUUGUCAACGCCUGUAAGAGCAACGGCGAGGUCAAGAUGGCGGCCAUCGGGAUCUGCUUCGUGACAGCUCUCUGUUAUCUCAUCGCUGUGAUUAUCUACGGGGCUGAAAAGUCACCUACUGGCUCCGUGUCCUACUCCUCCUUCUACUCCCUGGGCUACUACUUGGGCUACUCCUACGGCCUCGCCAUCGUCGCCUUCAUCCUGGAAGCCGUCACCGGCGUCCUUCUCCUGCUUGACGGCAAAGCCUUGAGCGUCACCACGUCACCGGCAUAACAUGACAGUGUAGUGUGUACGUCACGUGACGUACAGAAUGGUGGUGGUGACCCACAGCACAGUAGGACACUUUCUAACACACACGCACGCACACACACAGUCUCUCUCGUACAACACUCUCUCAUGUAUACACACACACUCUCUCUCUUACACAAACACGCUCUCACACACAAUCUUUCUCGUACACACACGUUCACACUCGCACACACACACACACGCGCGCAAACAAACGCAUAUUUUAAACUGUGUUAAAACAAUGAUCCUACUAAGCAAGUAGGAACGUUUACUCAUACGAUUCAUUUUGCUGUAGUAUCUUUCCUCGUGAACACACGCAGACAGAAGCUUUUAUUAAGUUUUCUGUUUUAUAUUCCGCCAGAGGAUUUGUUACAAAGAUAUUGUGUAUUUUUAUAGGCUGUAUAUUCAGAAGUAAGCUGGUCUCAGUUAUUUUUUAAUUUUUCCGUCCACAUUAAAAAUGUUUCUUAUUCACUCACUCAGUUAUUUUUAUUAGGACUUAUACAAACGUUUUAUUUUCUAGUGUUUUUAAUCACAUUUUAAUAAAGAUUGUUUUGUUACUCA